AGCGCCUGCCGCUCCCUGGCUGUGUCCCGGGCUCCGUCGGUGAGAGGAGCUGCCGUUGACGCCACGGAGCCAGCCCCAGUCUGUUCAGAGAAGCCCCGCCCAUCCAGGCCAUGGAGGUAGAGUCUUCGCAGGAGAGGUCCCCAGCCCCCGGCUACAAGCGCUCUGGCCGCCGCUAUAAGUGCCUGUCCUGUACCAAGACGUUUCCAAAUGCACCCCGGGCAGCACGCCAUGCUGCCACACAUGGGCCUGCAGACUGCACAGAGGAGGUGGCCGAGGCAAAGCUGAAGCCAGAGACAGACCCCAAAGCGGAGGAUGCCAGCGGGGACAAGGUGUCAGGUGCAGCGGCGAAGCCUCGGCCGUAUGCGUGCCCGCUGUGCCCCAAGGCCUACAAAACGGCACCAGAGCUGCGCAGUCACGGGCGCAGCCACACGGGCGAGAAGCCCUUCCCUUGCCCUGAGUGCGGUCGCCGCUUCAUGCAGCCCGUGUGCCUGCGCGUGCACCUGGCCUCGCACGCCGGCGAGUUGCCCUUCCGCUGCGCGCACUGCCCCAAGGCCUAUGGCGCGCUCUCCAAGCUCAAGAUCCACCAGCGCGGUCACACCGGCGAGAGGCCAUACGCCUGCGCCGACUGUGGCAAGAGCUUCGCUGACCCCUCGGUGUUCCGCAAGCACCGGCGCACGCACGCAGGCCUGCGGCCCUACAGCUGCGAGCGCUGCGGCAAGGCCUACGCGGAACUCAAGGACCUCCGCAACCACGAGCGGUCCCACACCGGCGAGCGCCCCUUCCUCUGCUCAGAGUGCGGGAAGAGCUUCUCCCGCUCGUCCUCGCUCACGUGCCACCAGCGCAUCCAUGCGGCGCAAAAGCCCUACCGCUGCCCGGCCUGUGGCAAGGGCUUCACGCAGCUCAGCUCCUACCAGAGCCACGAGCGCACGCACUCUGGCGAGAAGCCCUUCCUUUGCCCCCGCUGCGGCCGCAUGUUCUCCGACCCCUCGAGCUUCCGGCGCCACCAGCGGGCGCACGAGGGUGUGAAGCCCUACCGCUGCGAGAAGUGCGGCAAGGACUUCCGGCAGCCGGCCGACCUGGCCAUGCAUCGGCGGGUGCACACGGGCGACCGGCCGUUCAAGUGCCUGCAGUGUGACAAGACGUUCGUGGCGUCCUGGGACCUCAAGCGGCACGCGCUGGUGCACUCCGGCCAGCGGCCCUUCCGCUGCGAGGAGUGCGGGCGAGCCUUCGCGGAGCGAGCCAGUCUCACUAAGCACAGCCGGGUGCACUCGGGUGAGCGCCCCUUCCACUGCAACGCUUGCGGAAAGUCCUUCGUGGUCUCGUCAAGCCUGAGGAAGCACGAGCGGACCCAUCGCAGUAGCGAGGCCGCAGGGCCUCCCCCGCAGCAGGAGCUGGUAGUGGGGCUGGCGCUGCCGGUCAGCGUGGCAGGCGAGGGCUCAGCGGCCCCGGCAGCAGGGGCGGGGCUCGGGGACCCGGCAGCAGGGCUGCUGGGGCUGCCCCCGGAAUCGGGUGGUGUGAUGGCCACCCAGUGGCAAGUGGUGGGCAUGACCGUGGAGCACGUGGAGUGCCAAGAUGCUGGGGUUGGGGAGGCUCCUGGUCCCUUGGGGGGGGCAGGCGAAGUGGGGGGUGAGGAGGUGGACGAGAAACCACCACAGUUUGUAUGCCGGGAGUGCAAGGAGACGUUCUCCACGCUGACGUUGCUUCGAAGGCACGAGCGCUCACACCCAGAGCUCCGGCCCUUCCCCUGCACCCAGUGCGGCAAGAGCUUCUCAGACCGGGCUGGGCUGCGCAAGCACAGUCGCACCCACAGCUCUGUGCGCCCCUACACCUGCCCCCACUGCCCCAAGGCCUUCUUGAGUGCCAGCGACCUGCGCAAGCACGAACGCACCCACCCUGUGCCCAUCGGGACCCCCACGCCCCUCGAGCCCCUCGUGGCUUUGCUAGGAAUGCCUGAAGAGGGCCCAGCCUGAGGCCCAGGCCCCCUCCGCCACAUUCCCGGGAGCUCCGCCCCUACAGGGUGCUUCCUGAACCUCCCUUUGCCUCAGCUCACUCUUAGACUCCAGAUCCAUUCCUUCGCCCCAGGCAGCUAGCUCACCUUCCUGACAAAGAGCUGGGGACAGUGGAGGCUGGCAGCAGCCUGCGAGAGACAUGGCUCCCUCUGAGCACCACUCAUUAAAGCAUUCACUUUGACACUGGGUUGUCUUCUGUGUUCUGGUCGGGGGUAAGUAAUGGGAGUUUGGGCAUUAGAUAAGGUUCCGUGGAGAUCCCUGGAUUGACAGAUUAGAAACUAGAAGGGUCUUUGGGUGCACUGUUUUCUCUAAAUAUGUUUCAGAAUGUCUUGUGACAAAGGGUU